AUUUUUCGCAUUUGGAUGAAAAAUGUGAAAAUUAAAAGGUUUAAACCUUUCGAGAGAUUCGUACAAACUGGUCGUAUUGCCAAGGCCUCCGCAGGUCCCCUGAAGGGACGCCUGGUGGCUAUUGUCGAUGUCAUUGACCAAAACAGAGUUUUGGUUGAUGGUCCUCUGACUGGUGUUACACGUCAGGAAUACAGAUUGAACAAUCUGCAUCUGACCAAAUACCGCAUCAAGUUCCCCUACACGGCGCCCACACGCAUUGUGCGCAAGGCUUGGGUGGACAGUGACCUGAAGGCUCAGUGGAAGGUCAGCCCCUGGUCCGUCAAGGCACAAAACAUUUGCAAGCGCUCGCAAUUGAAUGACUUUGACCGCUUCAAGCUGCGUUAUGCCAAGCGUCAGCGCAACAAGCUGCUGACCAUCGCCUUCAACACACUGAAGAAGCGCACCAAGUCCGAUGGCACACCACGUAUCCUCAAGAAGGAUCGUCGCGAGCGUCUGCGUGCCGAGAAGGCCAAGGGUGGCAAGAAGGUUGCGGCCAAGAAGUAAACAAUAAACAAUUAACGAAAGUAACUGCUUGAUCCUGAACCAACAUCCAAACAAAAAAGGAGCAAAUAAAAGAAGUGUUAUUUUUAGGAAAAACACAUGAA